AGAGAGAUAGACGCUUCCUUUUACCUCCAGCUCAAAGACACCUCUCCCUGUCUUCUUCCUUUUCUCCUUCUGUCCUCUUCGUCAGGAACCGUACCCAGAACCGGAUCUGAACCUCUGUUCCCACCUCCAGCUGCAGGAUGGAAUGUAAACGAAUACAGGUUGUGUGUGUGGGUUUGGGAAUUCUGGGCCUCAUUGCUGCCAUCAUCACCUGCGCCCUCCCCAGCUGGACGGUUUCCUCCUUCACCAGACACUACAUUGUCACAGCAAUGAUAUCGCAUGAAGGUCUGUGGAUGGGGUGUGUGUACCAGAGCACGGGCCAGUAUCAGUGUAGAGCCUACGAUUCACUGCUGAUCCUGGCCUUGGACAUCCAGGCAGCUCGUGCCAUGACCAUCGUGUGCUGCAUAGUGACGGUGAUCUCCCUGCUGCUCGUCAUGUGCAUCAAAAAUGAAUACACCAAGCCAAAGAUCUUCCUGGCGGCUGGUGUGGGCAUGCUCAUAGCCGGCGUGCUGCUCAUCAUCCCUGUCAGCUGGACAGCCAACAACGUCAUGAGAGACUCCAAAAACCCGCUGGUAUCAAUCCACAGAGAGAUUGGACUGUGCAUCUAUAUCGGCUGGGCCGGAGGAGUGCUCCUCCUGCUGGGCGGAGGACUGCUGUGCUGCUUCAGCCGCCCGCGAUCCGGAGGCACCACCAAGUACUACAGCGACAACACCUCAACUCUGGUUAUCUAUGUAAAUGACAUCUGAAAUAGUGAACAUUUCAGGUAGAGGUUUGACGAUGUGUUGGUAUAAAAGCAUAAUAAGAAAAAGGGGCGGGGCAUUUCAGAAUGGGGAUUCAACUAAAUGUAGCAAAUACUCCAAUUAGGCAGGUUUAUCAAUAUAACACAGUUAUAAAAAUUUCUAAAAUAUAAAUAUGUAAAAUAGUAACCACUCUUAAUAUUACCAUUAAUACUAAGCUAUCAAAAAUAUUCCUUUUGUUCAAAAUUGUUCAACCUGCUACAUUAUUAUUAUUUUUUUUUUUUUCCUCUCUUUAUUGACUUUUCUUAUUUUUGACCCAUUAACAAAAGAACACAUGAACAGGUACACCUGCACUCAACCUUCUAUACAUACAGUUUACAUAAAUUAAAUACUACAAUAACAAAUUAUAAUAAAAAAAAAAAUAAUAAUAAUAAUAAAUAAAAUAAAUAAAUAAAUAAAUAAAAAAAGUACAAUAAUAAAUAAUAAGUACAUAAUAAAUCAAUAGAUGUAUUUUCAACGUUUACAAUGCCAAGUAAACAUCAGUAUAAUGUUAAGUAAAGUCUAUAUCCCCACUUACAUGAUAUUCAUGUAUGGUUCCCAAAGCCGAUCAAAAUCUUUUCGCUUGCCCUUUGCAAUAUAAGUUAGUCUCUCCAGUCCGAUACAGUUCAAGAUCUCCUUUUUCCACAUUUUCAAGGAUGGAGCGUCCAUGCUCUUCCAACACAAUGCAAUAGCUCUCCUGGCUUGGAGAAGACCGAAAUCUAGGAGCUUAGUUUGUUUCAAAGUAAAAUCCAAUGGAUAUAUUCCAAGAAUACAGAGUUUAACAUUCAAAGGAAUUUGGACAUUGAAUAUGUCUGACAUACAUGUAAUAACCUCUUUCCAAAAUUGUUUUACUUUUGAACAUUCCCAAAGGCAAUGGUAUAAUGUGCCCUUCUCAUCCAAACAUUUAGAGCACACAUCUGGGAUGUUACCAGACAUAUGGUGAAGCUUAACAGGAGUUAUGUAGGUUCUCAUUAACCAUUUAUAUUGAAGUAAUUUAAACCUUGUAUUUAUUGUUUGUGUUUGUGCUUUUAGACAUGCAUCUUUCCAGUCUGCUUCAUCUAUAUCUUCAUUCAUAUCCAAUUUCCAAGCAUUUAAUUUAUCUAAUGUUGACUCAGUACUAUAUUUAACCAAUAAAUUGUAAUACCUAGA